AAGCUUAAGUAGAAAUUAUCGUAAACAUGCUGUGUUAAUAAAUUAGAAAUUAGAAACUACUGCACGUAAUAACUUUGAAUCCAGUGUUCUCGAAGAAAAAAAAAUGAACAUCAGCUCACGAUUUGUGGCCAAGAACUUAGCUCGUUUCAAGCUAAUAACCUUUGAUGUGACGGAUACCUUGCUGAAAUUCUCUCGACCCCCGGAAAUCCAAUAUGCCAUAGCAGCCCGUCAACUUGGGUGCCCCGAUGUUUGUGAAAAAGCGCUGGCCAAUUGCUUUCGGUCGCAUUUCAAACGAAUGGCGCGUGACUAUCCAAACUUUGGCCGCUGUUCAAAGUACGACUGGCGAUGGUGGUGGCGAACGCUGGUGAUGGACAUAUUCCGUGAUUCCCACGGUCACCUUGACGAGGUGAUGCUCAGACGUGUUGCUGAUCAGCUGAUUGAAGACUACAAAACCCAGGACUGCUGGACGAAGAUUGAGAUGGCCGAUGGGAUGAUCGCAUUGGCGCGAGCACAAAUGAAACAGGUAGGAAUAAUUUCCAACUUUGAUCCGAGAUUGGGAUGCAUCCUUGAGGCUAUGAACAUACCGAAGGCUGAUUUUAUAGUGACGAGCUACGAAGCAGGAGCUCAGAAACCUAGUUGUAAGAUUUUCGAUUUUGCCUUGGGUUUAUGCAAUACUCAAGUGCUUCCUAGUGAAGCACUGCACGUUGGGAAUACUCCAAAGUUGGACUAUAUCGGAGCGAAACAAGCCGGCUGGUCCAGCAUAUUAGUUAAUGUUGAUCGCGAGGUCGAACAGGGCGUUUCUUUCGAUCCAGAAGUAAAUCCAAAUCAUGUGUUUAAAAAUUUUCGAGAAUUUAUUCAUGUGUUAGAGACAGUGGAAUUGGAGUGGUAAUUAAGAUACAGCUGUUAUAUUUUAUUUACGGUAGCCAGAUUUUUUGUUACUAAAGUGUACAUAACAGAAUAAAUAUUUCGUGAAAAUAUUCAAUAUC